UGUAAGGCUCACAUGACUGAAAAUUUCCUGUAAGAAAAUAGCGACACUCACAGACUUACAUCAGUGGAGAAGAAGAAAGGCCGAGCUACGAAACAAACUUGAUCUGAAAUCAGAUAUAAGGGGCAAAAUAACGUUUGCUACAUUGCUCUAACCGACGAUCUUUGAAGAAAACUAUAUCCUGCACGGCCCCACAAUCACGGUGUGCACGUCUUUCUCUGCCCGCUCUUGUGUGUGUUUGUUAGGUAGCUCUCCUGGAAACAUGGCUCUCCUGCACUCAAAUAAACAACUUCUGUUUGCCGGAGUCGCGCUUAUUUCAUUUCUAGGUUGCCUUACCCCUGUGUUUGCCGUGGCAUUUGAAGUGAAGAAUGGAAACAAUACCUGUAUAAUGGCUGAGCUAUCGGCCAACAUCUCUGUCAAGUACACAGUAGCCGACAAGCAAAUGAACACAGUCUUGGUUGCCCUUCCUGACAGUGCCACAGUAGGUAACAGCAGUACAUGUGGCAAUGUCACAGUAGCCCCCUUGCUGGUGGUCCGCUUUGGAGAUGGCCACUCCCUCAGCCUGAACUUCUCAAGAAAUGCGUCAGAUUACCAAGUGGACACCCUCUCGGUCACACUGAACAUGAGUGACAGUGCAGUCUUUGUCAAUUCAAGUGCUAAAGCACCAGUGACCGUGUCCUCGUCUUCUACUGGAAUCCAAGCAUCAUUGAACACAACUUACAGAUGUAUGAGUGAGACCCAGGUGACCCUGACCAAUGUUAAUGUCACAUUCAGUAAUAUGAGGGUGGAGGCUUACCUGCCAGCUGCUAACUUCAGCAAAGAAGCCACUGUUUGCAAUGCGGAUAUCAGCACUAGCACCCCAGCUCCAAAAACCACGGCAACCACCACCACCCCAGCACCAACCACGGCCCUGACAAACCCCACUGCAGGAACAUACAAUGUAACCAAAUCCAACGAGACGUGCCUGCUUGCUAAAAUGGCUCUGCAGCUUAACAUCACCUACCAGAACAAAAUUACUGUCUUCAACAUCAAUCCUGUAACGACUGUAGCCAGUGGGGUCUGUGAUACUAAUGUUUCAGUGCUGUUUCUGAGGGAUGGCAGCACCAAUCUGACUUUCAUGUUCAAGCUUAGUGACAGUAAGAAAUUCUACUUGAGUGAAAUUGCUGUUGCCACGUCUGAUGGAUUCAAAGGUGAAAAUGAAAGUCUGACAUACCUAAGAGGCACUCUUGGCAGAUCUUACAUGUGCAGCGCUGAACAAACCCUGACUGUCACCCCUGUGUUUUCUGUCAAUACAUUUCACCUGCAAGUUCAACCUUUUGGUGUCAGCAGUGGCAAGUUUGGAACAGCGGAGGAGUGUCAACUGGAUGAGGACAAUAUGCUGAUUCCUAUAAUAGUGGGUGCAGCCCUGGCUGGACUGGUCCUGAUAGUUCUGAUUGCUUACCUCAUUGGCAGAAAGAGAAGUCAUGCUGGAUAUCAAACCAUCUAAUUCAGCGCAAAGAUAAAGUGAUGUCACCUUGUGUUUAUCUACCACGUUACUGACAAAGCUUUCGCAAGAAGUGGGUACAAGAUCUUUUUAAAUUCUGUAAAGAUCCAAAAUCGUAAGUGUGCUUAUAAUUGGUUUACCGGUAAUAAUCUGCUUCUUGACAAACACUUCUUGUUACGUAUUUGAAAUCUGCAGUAUUGUCCUUUUACUAAAUUGUCCUGAAAUUAUUUUUAAAUGUGACUUUCACAACUACUUUUUUUUUUUUUGUGUUAAGAUCAUUCCAACUUGGCAUGUAAGGUGACUUGUGUUUUUGUUGAUGUAGGAUAUUUUUUCUGACUUUAGACAUGUCUUGCUUCCUAUCUGUGGUUUUGUAAAUGACAAUACUGCAUGUGCUUACGAAUCAGUAACCGUUCAAAGUGAAUUCUGUUAAACUAAAUGAGCGUUAGUGUUAAUUAUAAAAAGGUAAUCAAUUGCGUUCCUGCUUAAAUAAAUAAAAUUGUUUACUGAACAGAGGAUAUAAAAUUGGCAAAACAUGAAUAGUAGGGUAACAAUGCAAUAUUUAUAUUCAUGCCUUGAACUGGUUGUUGCAUAAAAUAUGGUGUCUUUUUGAUGCCCUUGUUAGGAGCUGGCACUGCUUGUGUUAACUUUAAUUAGGGAGUACUUUCUUUUUAACAGUUACAACUUGUCUUUCUUUGUUCUAAAAACAGAACGUUCUUUAAGUUCUAUGGGGAAUUCUUUGUUUCAGUGGAUGUGGUGUACAGUAUCAUUUUUCUGAUAUCCACUGAUCAUCUUGCUGUGGUAAAGCUUGUUGGGAUUGUUGCACAUGUUUUGGGGGAUUUGGCUCUUCUGGUGCAUUGCCUAUAACAAUGCUAAUAAAGGAGAUUUGCUUUUUUUCUUGUAUUCAUUAAAUAAAUAAAUUGUUUGUAAGGAGCCGGGAUGCUCUGGGAGAAAAAAGGGAACCUUUUCUCAAUCUGCUAAAGAUGCAUUUCAUUGAUUUAUUCCUGUCUACCUGUAUUUGUGGCAGCCGAGUACAUAAGGAAUAAAUUCUAAAUGCUGAAAAAAUUCAAUUUCUAUCCAUGCUUUGAGCUUUACGUAUCGAUUAAGCCACACAACAAUUUGAUAAGUGCUGUUCUACUACGAGUAGUACAGUAUAAUGCAUGUAAAUAAAAAACAGAACUCUGGGGUCUGUAAGAGUGACAUUUCUACCCUUGUUAUUAAACCGUACAAGUUAUACAACUCGUGUUAUCUGACUAGGUUCAGUACUUUAGACACAAUGUUGGCGCACAAACAAAAUCAAUAAAUGAUUUGCAUCCUAAUGAAGUAUUUGAUAUGGUGUGUUAUUGUAUGGUCUCCUUUGUGCAGUAGUUUGGUUUGCUGAUGCAGUUUCUCAAUUUAUUUUUUUCCCCUUGAAGCUGCACAGGUCUGCUUUACAAUUCUGCCGUCUUGGAUGUGUUCCUGUAGUGCUGAUUUAUAUAUCCACUUACUUUGCUUUCUAUAGUUGAGCUUCACGCGUAUCAACUGGAAGUGUUGCUUAAUAAAGUAAAUAUUUCUGUCAUUACUUUUUUGAACUGCUGUUGGCACCAUAAAUAAAACAGGUAUUCUGCUCAAAAGUUUUGUUCAGAGAGCCUGUUUUCUCCUAGAAUAAUUUUGCACUUAGCAGGCCCUGCUCGGAAUUUUAUUAUGAUUGCGCUUCAGAAACGGUGCCUCAAAGUAGUCCUUUCAGUACACAAACUAUGUACUAACAACAAAAAAUAAGUUGCUAUUGGUUACGGCAGCACACCUUGUUCUGGAAUUCGGUCCCUGCCUACAGAACAAUCUGUGUUUUUGCUUUUUAAAAACAAUUUGCCAGUGCUUUUCAUUAUCCAUUGCCUGGAUUUUCUUUGGAACCGUAUCCAAACAUAUCUUAAUGUGCCUAUUGCUUGGCCUCCUAGGAAAAUCUUUGAACACAAGAUGAUUUUGUACCACAUUAAUUCACAAACAAACUGUAGAGAACAGGUAUAGAACCUGUGUUCCUUUUAAACCAUGCAAAAUGCUCAAGGGAAAAUAGAUUCAUGUAUGACCAAGUUCAUGUUGAAGCAUGGUGGAUCUAGCCUGUUGCUCAAUUCUUGCAGUAAAUAUUUCUUGUGACUAGUGUUUUUUUUUUUUUUUUUCUAUUAAGGCUAAGCGUGAAAUGAGUUGCAUUUUUCUUAAUUAACCCUUGAUUUGCUGUAUGCCUAGGAUGCAGUGAUCCCAGAGCUGUUCUCAUUGCUUGUGUUUAUACACUGUAACUUUUGUUGUUUUAAAAAGAGAAACUGUGUGAAACUUGGCACAAGUAAAUAAAUAUUACACCCUUUUACAGGUGGUAACCACA